GCGGGAAGGGGAGGAAGAAGAAGAAUCUGGGGAGGAGGAGGCCGUGGCGAUGGAGAAGGACGAGGAGGAAGACAAAGAGGAGGAUGACGAAGAAGGAGGGGGGGGAGGAGGAGGAGGAGGAGGAGGCGCUGACGAUGGAGGACAAGGAGGAGAAGGAGGAGGAGGAGGAGGAGCAGGAGGAGGCGGAGGAGGAGGAAGAAGAGGUGGAGGAGGAGGAGGCCACAAAGACGGAGGAGGAGGGAGAGAACUAAGAGGAGGAAGAAGAAGAAGCGGAGGAGGAGGAGGAGGAGGAUGGCUAGGAGGACGAGGAGUAGGAAGAGGAUGGGGAAGAAGAGGAGGAGGAAGAAGAGGAGGAGGAGAAGGAAAAAAAGGAAAAGGAAGAAGAGGAGGGCCUGACGAAGGAGGAGGAGGAGGCCACGACGGCGGAGAAGGACGACGAAGAAGAAGAGGUGGAGGAUGAAGAGGAAGAAGGAGAAGAAGAAGAGGAGGACGAGGAGUAGGAGGAGGCCCCGACAGGGGUGAAGGACAAAGAGGCGGCGGCAGCGGCGGUGGCAGUCGGGGGGGAGGUGGAGGAGGAGAGAUGACGAGGAUGGGAAGGGAAAAAAAAAAAAAACAAUAAAAAAUGCACAGGAUA